CUGGCUGCCUAGCACCCGGCCCAGCGCGGUCUCCGGCCUGUUCGCCAUGGCCCACGACGAUGUCCCCUCGAUCGCCAGGACUUCCUUCCGAAAGUUCCUGGAGCAUCUCUCCGGGGACGGAAAAGCCAUCGGCGUGCUGACCAGCGGCGGGGAUGCCCAAGGUAUGAAUGCUGCUGUCCGUGCCGUCGUGCGGAUGGGGAUCUACGUGGGGGCCAAGGUGUACUUCAUCCGUGAGGGCUACCAAGGCAUGGUGGACGGCAGCAAAAAUAUCGUCGAGGCAGACUGGGAAAGCGUCUCCAACAUCCUGCAAGUGGGUGGGACAGUCAUUGGCAGCGCCCGGUGCAAAGACUUCCGAAGCCGGGAAGGCCGCUUGAAAGCAGCUCACAACCUGGUGCAGAGGGGCAUCACCAACCUGUGCGUGAUCGGCGGGGACGGCAGUCUCACUGGGGCCAAUAUCUUCCGGGAGGAGUGGAGCCAACUGCUGGAGGAGCUGGCCGCGCAGGGCAAGAUAGACAAGGAGGCUGUGAAGGAGCACGGGCACCUCAACGUCGUGGGGAUGGUGGGCUCCAUUGACAACGACUUCUGCGGGACGGACAUGACUAUCGGCACUGACUCAGCUUUGCACCGGAUCAUUGAGGUCAUUGAUGCCAUCAUGACCACGGCCCAGAGCCACCAGAGAACCUUUGUGCUCGAGGUUAUGGGGAGACACUGUGGGUACCUAGCCCUGGUGAGCGCCUUGGCCUGUGGGGCGGACUGGGUGUUCCUCCCGGAAUCUCCACCCGAAGACGGCUGGCAGGAGACAAUGUGCACCAAGCUGUUAGAGAACCGGGCUCAGAAAAAAAGGCUGAAUAUCAUUAUUGUGGCGGAAGGAGCAAUCGAUUCCCAAAAUAAACCCAUUAGCUCGGAGCAGAUCAAGGAGCUGGUGGUGCAGCAGCUGGGCUACGACACUCGAGUGACCAUACUUGGGCACGUGCAGAGAGGCGGCACGCCGUCAGCCUUUGACAGAAUUUUGGCCAGCCGCUUGGGGGUGGAGGCUGUCGUCGCCCUUCUGCAGGCCACUCCAAAGACCCCAGCCUGCGUGGUGUCUCUGAGUGGGAACCAGGCUGUGCGCGUGCCGCUGAUGGAGUGCGUGCAGAUGACCCAGGGCGUCCAAAAGGCGAUGGAUGAGAGGAGGUUCAAGGACGCUGUGCAGCUCCGAGGAAGGAGCUUCGAGGGCAACCUCAACAUCUACAAGCAGCUUGCCAUCAAGUUGCCCGACUCCCAAAUUGAAAAGACUGGCUUCAACGUGGCCGUGAUCAAUGUGGGCGCGCCGGCUGCCGGGAUGAACGCGGCCGUGCGCUCGUCUGUGCGGUUCGGCAUCUCAGAAGGACAUAAGAUGUUUGCGAUCUAUGAUGGCUUCGAGGGCUUUGCCAAAGGCCAGAUCAAAGAAAUCGGCUGGUCGGAUGUCGGAGGCUGGACCGGACAAGGAGGCUCCAUUCUUGGGACAAAACGGCUCCUCCCUGGGAAGCAGUUGGAGGAGAUUGCCGCACAGAUGUGCGCCCAUAACAUCAACGCACUGCUGAUGAUCGGUGGGUUUGAGGCCUACCUGGGACUGCUGGAGCUGUCAGCCGCCCGGGAGCAACACGAGGAGUUCCGUGUCCCCAUGGUUAUGGUUCCAGCCACCGUGUCCAACAACGUGCCGGGGUCCGAUUUCAGCAUUGGUGCCGACACCGCCCUGAACACCAUCACUGACACGUGUGACCGCAUCAAGCAGUCAGCCAGCGGGACCAAGCGCCGCGUGUUCAUCAUCGAGACCAUGGGCGGCUACUGCGGCUACCUGGCUAACAUGGGGGCCCUGGCGGCUGGCGCCGACGCCGCCUACAUCUUCGAGGAGCCCUUUGACAUCAGAGACCUGCAGUCCAACGUGGAGCACCUGACGGAGAAGAUGAAGACCACCAUUCAGAGGGGGCUCGUGCUCAGAAACGAGAGCUGCAGUGAAAACUACACCACCGACUUCAUCUACCAGCUCUACUCCGAGGAGGGCAAAGGCGUGUUUGACUGCAGGAAGAAUGUGCUGGGCCACAUGCAGCAGGGUGGGGCGCCUUCUCCGUUUGACAGAAACUUUGGGACCAAAAUCUCUGCCCGAGCCAUGCAGUGGCUCUCCAUGAAGCUGAAGGAGGGAAGAGGAAAAAAAUUUGUAAACGAUGAUUCUGUCUGUGUGCUGGGAAUAUGUAAAAGAAAACUCUGUUUCCGGCCUGUGGCAGAGCUGAAGAAGGAGACAGACUUUGAGCACAGGAUCCCCAAAGAGCAGUGGUGGCUGAAGCUCCGGCCCCUCAUGAAGAUCCUGGCCAAGUACAAGGCCAGCCUCGAGCUCUCUGACUCGACCCAGCUGGAACACAUUCGACAUGACCAAGAGGAGCCUGCAGCCAUCUAGAGGCCGCUGCUGCCAGCGAGCCCUUGGACUUCCUGUUUACCACCCGCUUGGGUAACACGUGUUAUUUAUCAGCACUUUAUGUGAGUACUGUUGGCGCUUCUCCCUACUCAGAGCUCCCGUCCCGUACCGCACCCCACUGGACCCGAGCCGCAGCGAGCUGGCGCUGUAUCGCAUACUGUCUCCUGCUUUCCCGUGUGCGUGUCCACGGAAUUAAACAUUUGGUGAAAACUUCAA